UAUAUAUAUAUACAGAUAUUCAAUCACAAUACUAUUGAUGAGUGCAUCCCUUUCCCUUUCCAUUUCCAUCUCCAUCUCCAUCUCCGUCUUCGUCUGCUGCACAUUGUUUAACAUCCCUAGAGCAAAACUGUUCUUGGUUUCUGCCAGCACCUCGAUUUUCAAUCCCUCGAAUUCUAGGGUUAUUGAUUUACGACGAUGUUGAUGAUGACGACGAUGGUUGGUGGAUCAUCAGCAUCACAAGAUGCAAUCAAUCUGCAGCGAAUGGCAACAGUUGCUGUGAUUGGAUUUGGAGCCCUAUAAUGAUCCAUCGAUCUUCACAAUAAAUUAAUUUGCAUCUCCAGUCAAGUAAAGAUCGAUCCUUUAUUUCAAUUCUUCAAAUGGCUUUCUUCCACUCAAAUUUCAUGCUCGAAACUCCCCAUCAUCAUCAUCAUCAUCACCAUCAGGAAGACGAUCAUCACAGUAAUCUCUCCACUUCUCUCUUCCCACCUUCUCAUUGCUCCACCCAUGAUUUCCAUGGAGUGGGUAAUAAUUCCUCCCUGCUGGGGAAGAGAUCGUCGAUGUCAUUCUCGACAGACACGAACAACAACGUUGUCGUCCGCGAGGACGAAUUAUCAGACGAUGGAUCGCAAUUGGGGGAGAAGAAGAGGAGGCUGAACAUGGAGCAGGUGAGGACUCUGGAGAAGAAUUUCGAACUUGGGAACAAGCUGGAGCCCGAACGGAAAGUGCAGCUGGCCCGGGCCCUCGGGCUGCAGCCCAGACAGAUCGCCAUUUGGUUUCAGAACAGGAGGGCGAGGUGGAAGACGAAGCAGCUCGAGAAAGACUAUGAUGUCCUCAAGAGGCAGUUCGAAGCUGUGAAGGCUGAGAAUGAUGACCUCCUCGCCCAGAACCAGAAGCUUCAAGCUGAGAUAUUGGCACUGAAGACAAGGGAGCCAACAGAAUCGAUAAAUCUGAAUAAGGAAACUGAAGGAUCUUGCAGCAACAGGAGUGAAGACACUUCAGAAAUCAAGCUCGACAUUUCCACCAAUAAUAAUAAUAAUAAUAAUAAUAAUAAUAAUAAUAAUACUGCUGCCAUUGAUAGCCCUCCAGCUGGUAGCAGGCUACUGUUUCCAUCGUCUUCAUCAGCAUCAUCUCUGCAGCUUUUCCAGCAGCAGGGGUCUUCUUCCAGGGCAGAAAUGCAGUGCCCAAGAGUCGAUCAAAACGUAGUCAAGGAAGAAAGUCUGUGCAACAUGUUCUGUGGGAUGGAUGAUCAGACAGGGUUUUGGCCAUGGCUCGAGCAGCACCAUCAUCAUUUCAAUUAAUUAAUUAAUUAGUUCAUUAUCAUCAGAUCUGUGUUGAUUAAUUACUUAUCAGAAUUCGUAUCUUAUGUAUUACUACUAUCAUGCAGUGAGGUUGAGAUAAUGGAUGAUACAUAUAUAGGACGACCUACGUGUGGAUCUCGAUCGAUCCAUGUUUCAAUUAUGCUUGAAUUUCUUGCU